AGGUAAUAAAAUUGAAUUAACGGAUUAAAAGUAUUAAUACAGUGCCAAUCCACAAUGUUCUAUCAACAUCAAGAGAAAACAGUCGAAAACCGAGGAAAUCGACUUCUAGCAUCCAGGAUCUUCUAAUAAAACCAACGAUUUGUGAUUAAGGAAGUCUGGAUUACAAUAUCGGCGCCGGUAUCACUCAGAAAAAUCGAUUUUUUCGCGGAAAUCUUCACACAGUGAACAGCGGAACGAGAAUGUGCACGGAUGACGCUACAAAAAAGACGAAAAAAUGUCACAAUAGCUCGGCGUUUUACAUUGUAAGGGAAAAGGAAGCUCUCCCUAGUGUCCCUAUCAAAAGAAGAAAAUCUUCUGAAGAAAAUGGAAAUAUUCAGAUGAAAACUUGCUCGAAAAAAGCACAAUUUAAUGAGUGAUGGGCUUAUGAGAUGCUCGAGCACUACGAUUGCAUUAUCCUUGGAAGGCGCAGUCUGGAGGAGUUUUCAAACAAAUUUGAACAGAGAUCGGAGCUGCUCAACAACAGAAGAAAUCAAUCGAGAAAUGGAUUUGGAGCAUAUGAAGAAGACGAAAAAUAAAUAA